UUUACUUUGUUGAGCGUGAAGCUAGGGAGGCGUGCCGCGUCGCUCGAUGUUUCAAUUUUCUAACCUCCACUCUACCUUAAGCUUUCUAUAGAAAUCUAACAAUCAUCAGCCUACCCAUCACCCAAAACACUUAACAAGUAGUGAGCCACACAUGAUUGUCUAUCUUCUCUUCUGGGUCUAAUGGUUACUGCCCUUUUUUUCUCCGCCUAAUGCCUUUUUAAUCCCACUCUCAUUGCUCAUUUUGGCUUUUUGCUGAUACCCAUUUGGCCCGCCGAAAAGCAAAUUUAUUUGCUAAUUCCACCCACCACUAAUCCCCUAAAAGUCUUUAUUUUCCUGGAAGCUAAAGAAGCUCAGGAAAAGCUUCUGCCUUUAUUUUGCUUAGAGGACAGAUCUGUAACUUUGCAAACCCAUGUUUUGAUGAUUAAACCUGAUUUUAUGAGCUGGUUUUCUUGCUUUUCUUGUAAAUUUCAGACCCACUCUUCAUUUUUUUUAAUCUUUGUUUCCUUUUUCCCAGUUGUUCCUGCUCGUGUGUAAAGCGUAAUUAGGUUUAAAUGAAAAAGAAGAGCUUCUUUUUGUUUUCUGCCUGAAAUUAAAGAUCUUUAGGUUUUAAAAUCCCCCUUUUGUUUUCCUGAAAAUAGAGGGUGGGCAUUGUUUGUUGAAGCAGAGAUGAUUUAUUUGUUGUUCUUAGUUCUGUUUGCUGAGGGAGUUGUGGCAUUCUUAUUACUAGUAGAUAUUGGUCCCUUGAGAGAGUUAGUGAUAAAGAGUUUAGAUCAGCUGAAGAUGGGAAGGGGUCCAGCCACAGUGAAGACCAUUGCUGGUACCAUGUCUUUGAUUCUUGUUUCAAGCAUUACGAGUAGUUUUAAGAUCCAAAACAAGGGGGCAAAGCUUGGCACUAUGUCACCUAUGGAUCAGGUUCUGUGGAGGACCUACUUGCUUGAGGCAUCACUCAUUGGUUUCACACUAUUUCUUGGCUUCAUGAUUGAUCGUAUGCACCACUAUCUAACGGAAUUUAUUGGAUUGAGAAGUAGCAUUGGAUCUUCAAAAGAAGAAGUUGAAAGGCUUCAAAAAGAGAAAAUGCAGCUUAAAGACAAGGAAGAGAAAGCUUCCAAGGAAAUACAGCAACUCAAGGAACAAAUUUCUACUCUAACAAAGAAUUUGAACAAGCUGAAGUUGGAAAAUGAAGAGAAGGACAAGCAAAUUGAAACCGCCGAAGCUCAUGUUGUUUCUCUUCAGAAACAAUCUGCUGACCUGCUACUUGAAUAUGACCGUUUGUUAGAAGACAACCAAAAUCUUCAAGCUCAAAGUCUAGGAUACAAGGGCUGAGGAAAUUCUGAAAUUUGCCAAGUAAUUCAGGUUUUGUGAAGUAUUUUGUUUUACCAAUUUCAUGGAAAUGGCCAUUAAUCAAUCCAUCAUGGCUGGGUAAAAUGAGGCAUUAGCAACAUUUUCCCAGAGCAGAGAAUGACUUCCAUUGACAAGGAUGAAAAAUUUUGUAUUCUCAAUCUAGAAUCGUUGAUUCUGCCAUCUUUGUUUUCUGUUUUUGGUAAUGACUUUUCGUUUCAUUUAGCUUGCUCCAACUGAUAUAGUAGUCAUCUGAUUUAGAUUGUUGAUGAUCAUUUUGGUAGA